AUGAUCGCCAUCGGUAUGGAGGGCUCUGCCAACAAGCUUGGCGUGGGCAUCAUGUUGCAUCCCGAGGAUGGCAGCCCCCCGCAGGUGCUCGCGAACAUCCGGCACACCUACGUCUCUCCGCCCGGCGAGGGUUUUCUCCCCAAGGACACGGCCCGCCAUCAUCGGUCCUGGGUGGUCAAGUUGGUCAAGAAGGCGCUCAAGGAGGCUCGGUUGUCUGUCCGCGAUGUGGAUUGUAUUUGUUUCACGAAAGGACCCGGCAUGGGUGCCCCUCUGCAGAGCGUCGCGAUUGCCGCCCGCAUGCUGAGUUUGCUCUGGGACAAGGAAUUGGUGGGUGUGAACCACUGUGUUGGACACAUUGAGAUGGGCCGACUCAUCACCGGCUCCACCAACCCGGUCGUCCUCUACGUGUCGGGAGGAAACACACAGGUGAUCGCAUACAGCUCGCAACGAUACCGCAUCUUCGGCGAGACCCUGGACAUCGCAGUCGGCAAUUGUCUUGACCGAUUUGCGCGCACGUUACACAUCUCCAAUGACCCGGCCCCGGGAUACAACAUCGAACAACUAGCGAAGAAGGGACAACAACUGGUCGACUUGCCGUACACGGUGAAGGGCAUGGACUGCUCCUUCUCGGGGAUACUGGCGGCGAUCGACGGAUUGGCCGCGACGUAUGGGCUGGGCGGAGAAGAGAAGCCGGGCAACCUGAGCGCUGCAGAUGCCGACCGACCGACCCGGGAGGACCUGUGCUUCUCGCUGCAAGAAACGAUCUUCUCCAUGCUGGUUGAGAUCACCGAGCGCGCGAUGGCGCAUGUCGGCUCAAAGGAGGUGCUCAUCGUGGGUGGGGUCGGCUGCAACGAACGACUACAAGAGAUGAUGGGGAUUAUGGCUCGAGAUCGAGGAGGUAGUGUACAUGCGACGGAUGAGAGGUUCUGUAUUGACAAUGGGAUUAUGAUUGCGCAGGCGGGGAUGCUUGCAUACAAGACCGGUUUCACGACGCCUCUGAAAGACUCCACCUGCACGCAGCGUUUUCGGACGGACGAUGUGUUUGUCAAAUGGAGAGAUUAG